UCCCCAACUCUAACCUUUCUCUGUCAACUCUCAACUGUCAACAUUAUCGCCCGUCCCCUCCCCUCCCCUUCACCCCCACUUCGGCUUCUCCAUCUCUCCCUCUGGUAUAGCCGCGCGCCUCCCGCCUUCAGCCGAUCUGUUAACGUCGUUGCUGCGUCCGGUGGUCCUAGUUGGUUCUUCGCUCUUCUCCGCCGCUUCUUCUUCUCUACGUCGCUGCUUUCGCUGGUCCAGUCCUUCCACCGUCCGGUGCUGCUCCUCGCUUCUGGUCCUCGUCCUCAAUCACUCUGCCCCUGCCCCUCGCGGCGUCCUACGCCAUUGCAGUUUGAGUUUACAACAAUGGAUGAUGACGUUUCAAACUCGAUUCGGCGAAUGUCUAGUCGAACUCGUAAGGUUGCUCCUAGAAUGGCUGCUGCUCUCGCAAGCAGCGAUAACCGAACUCAGGCAGCAAUUGCUCGACUUGAAGCCUUGGAAAAUGAUUAUGCAGGGAUGGAAACAGUAGAAACUAAUGAUGAUGAUGAGGCUUCUCUUGAUGAUGACGAUGAAGGAUAUUUACAAAAGAAGUCUAAGAGCACAAAACGUAAAACCCGGCAGGCAAAAGCACUUGAGAAUGCUAGGAAAGCCCCAAGAAACUUUCUUGAGCUCUUACAUGAGGCAAAUUUGGAAUCUUUGCCUCCACAUGUUCCAUCCUAUUUGAAGGCAGCUGUAGGACCUCCAAGCUCUACCUGCCGCCGGCAUUUUUGCACUGUUUGUGGAUUUUCUUCCAACUAUACUUGUGUUAGAUGUGGGAUGCGCUUUUGUUCAAUCCGUUGCCAGACCAUACAUGAUGAUACUCGUUGUCUGAAAUUUGUUGCAUGAUUGAUGAGGCUUGAGCUAGUAGAUUUUGCAGAUACGUCUUGACCCACUUACUGCACAAUGCUGUACCAGUCUCUUAAAAUACCAUGUGAUUCCAAAUACGUGCUUUUAACCUGUAGUAGAAGCAGCAAGUCUGGACCAGUAUUUGUCUGCACACUACUAAUCUAAUCGGUGAAAAUCCAAGCAGCUUGUAGCUGUCCAUUGAAUGUUUGUUUGGCAAUCAGUAUGAUUUUGUUUCUGCA